AUGGAGAUGAAGCGCAAAAACAAGGAGCAGAGGAGGGCCGAUGGAAUCACCGAUAGAGGUAGUGAUUCGCUGGAGACCAUGCGCCCGAACAAGAAGCAGAGGCUCGGCGGUAGCAGCGGUAGCAAUGAGGAGCGUGAGCCCUCGCCCUACCUGGUGGUAGGCCAUGGGAGUGUGAGCCCUGCCUUCUCCGUGUUCAAGGUGGAACCCUACACCGACGGCGGCGGCGGCGACACCCCGGUGAGCAUCCCGCGCCGCCUCGCCCGCCUCAAAUGCAAACACAACAUGUGUUUCGUCCCUUUGACAUUGAAGGACCGCCGGUGGAUCGUCGGCGUCGGCGGCAGCUCAACCAAGAACUACUACGGCCCGGGGACCAUCGUUUUCGACACCGAGAAGCAGUUGGUGAUCCGGGGCCCGGAACCUAAGUCGAUCAAGAGCCUCCCGAUCCUGCUACCCAUCUAUUGCAUCGAUUACUCUCUUUCCCGAAGCCCCUCAGUGAAGGGACCGCUCGAUUACUUGCCCUGGUUCGAGGUCCUCGACCUCUCCCAGGCACAGGCAGUCGACGGCCGUCUAACCAACUGCAAGUGGAGGUCCCUGCAGCGGCCACCCUUCUUUCCCUGGGAGCUCACCCCACGGCAGUACUGUUGUCCACCGAGGGUUGCCGUCGAGUCAUACGUCGCCGUGGGCUCCCACAUAUUGGUUUCUGUGACCGGACGGGUGGGCACGUACGCUUUUGACACCAAGGGCUCGAAGAAGUGGGUGACGGUGGAUGACCAGAACGACCUGCCGUUCAGCGAUGGUGCCAUCCCGCAUGGCCGUGGGCUCUUCCUUGGCUUAUCAAGCACCACAAAAGCCAUCACUGGAUACAAGAUUAUAAUGGGCACUAGUUCACUCUCUGUUGUUGAGAUUCCUGUGGUGUCCGACUUGGAAGAUGAAGAGCCGGUCGCUCGCUCACACAAUUUCGUGUCCCUGGGGAUUGAUAGUGGCUUCUGCUUGGUGACCUGUUGGAGCGUUGACGAAACGCCGUAUCCCCCGCAUCGCCGGGCGCACAUCAGGGUGAGGACGUACAAAACAGAUGAUUUUGUGGAGUCGGAGGGGAAAUGCUUGGUCGUCUCCAAGCAGUGGAUGCAGGUUUACAAGAUCUGCGAUUUGAUCCGGACACUAGAUGAGCCAUCUAGAUAUGAGUAAGCCCUUUUCACAUCUGUCCGACUUCAUGGAUAAUUUAAUCCAUGUGAUUGCAACUGUAUUUGCACAUGUAGAUUCUCGUGAAUUUGUUAGAACAAGGUGCAUAUAAUUCUGGAUUGUCAUGAUAAAUUUCUCUCACUUUCUGUUAAGUUAUUACUCUUGUCAUCUUGUUUAAAAAUAAUAUUCCCUUCUUCCAAUAGAUUAGCAAACUACAGUAUGUUAUCACCAGUGGUUAGUUGGGUUUGGAUGCUGGAGUUAGCUGUUAGAAAUCCUGAUGUUAAUCAUCAUCACCGGUAGUUUUUCGAAGAUGGCAUGAAUGGUCCCGAAUUGUUUAUGUGUUAGCUCAUAUCUAGAUGUCCAUAAUGAUUGAUUUUGGACAUGUAUUUGGAAGGUAAUUAGACUGGUAAAAAUGCCACAGGAAGGCCAUAGCCUCGAAAGUGGCACCAAGUUAAGGCACCUUGUGCAAUUAAGUAAAAAAUAAUAAUCAUUUUGUGUACCCUUUUCCAUAUUUUCUUAAUCUGCCAUCUUUAGCUAAAAUGGAGCUGCAAACACUAGCUAUGCCCGAUUCGUGAUUUGUGAUGUUUCCCUAUGAAAGCUAGAAAAUACCUCGCGCGCUGCGGUGGGAAUCCUCGAGAACUUUUCUAGAUAAUCUGAGUAGUUGAGAAACAAACGGAAGCUAACAGCAAAAAAGAGAGCAAAAUAAAGGAAAGUAAAAAUGUGUAGUGUAAUAGAUACAACCUGAAAUAUCUUUUGUUUUAGUUAAUUCUCAACAUUUUAUGUUAUAGCCACCAAGAAGUCAUCGAGGGAUGACAGAGGUACUAACCCACAUAAAUAAGUUCUUAAUCAUAAGCAAAAGUCUGAUUAUCUAUGAUGGUUACAUUGAUCAAACACAAUCACUUGAAUAUCCAAUGGAUAUAUAAAGUACAUCAUGAACAUGAGGUUAGGCCAGGAGACGAAGUGUUGAUGGAUCACGUGGUUUCAAUUGUAAUGAUGUGCAAGCUUGCAUGUGAAGGAAAGAUAGUUAUUCAGGAUCAAUUUUACCGUUAUAGGAUAGAAUACAGGGCCGUGUAGUGUCAUAGAAAAUUGAGAUGUGUGCAUGUAUCAGUGCGUCGUUAAUUGAUAUGCAGGUAAGAAACCUCUCACCUUGCUCACUUUCUUUCUGGGUCAUUUAUCUCAUCUAGUAUUAUCC